UUUUUGGCCAGAGGCACAGCUGAUUGUAGGGGCUUUUGGCCCUCCUUGAUUUUGGCAGGCGCUUGUCCUUGUGGAAAGUCGGACUUAUUUGGAAAAGAGGGAGUUGCCAGGCGGAAAAGAACACUUGGUUUAACAUUACAGUAGCCUACUUGAACUUUAAAAUCCGAAGCUCUCGCUGUAAAUUUACUGUAGGCAUGUGUUAAAAGUACAGUAUAACUAGCCUAUCUAAAAACCGAGCUGACAAGACAAGGAAUUUGUUGACGGGAAGUUAGCCUAUCAGCAUAAUAGCCAUCCCUCAGGAAAGCGCUGGAGUGCUGUCAUUGCGUCAGCGCACUUUUCCCCUCGCAAUUGCUGGGCCUACWUCUGGAGGACUAGACAUCACUGGACCUCACAUCACUUCUCUAACACGGUCCGUCUCUACAGCAUAUGUUUGGCUCUCCACCUCUAUCCAGCAUCUGACCUGCAAUUUCWGUGACAGACAGAGGCGUCCCCGGUAUAGCUAGCUGAAGCGUCCCUCCCAGUGUGUUCUUGUGAGGAGGAUGGAGACGAACCCCAUUCCCGUGGUAACGGUCCAAACGAGCCCGUUCGAUGACCAGCGGCCUGGUACCAACGGGCUGCGGCGGAAGACGGAGGUGUUCGAGGGCAAGAAGAACUACCUGCAGAACUACAUCCAGAGCUUACUGUCGUCCAUCGACCUGAGGGACCGCCAGGGAUGUACCAUGGUGGUGGGCAGCGACGGACGCUACUUCAGCCGAGCCGCCACCGAGAUUAUUGUGCAGAUGGCCGCCGCAAACGGGAUUGGCCGUCUGGUGAUUGGCCACAACGGCCUCCUGUCCACCCCUGCUGUGUCCUGCAUCAUCAGGAAGAUCAAGGCCAUUGGUGGAAUCAUCCUGACAGCCAGUCACAACCCAGGAGGCCCCGGGGGAGACUUUGGGGUCAAAUUCAACGUGGCCAAUGGAGGCCCGUCUUCGGACACAGUGAUGGAGAAGAUUGCCCAGGUGAGCAGGACCCUGGAGGAGUACACCAUCUGUCCUGACCUCCGCAUUGACCUGGCCAGACUGGGACGCCACGACUUUGACCUGGAGAACAAGUUCAAACCAUUCAGAGUUGAGAUAGUGGACUCAGUGGAGGUGUACCUCAACCUGCUGAGAACCAUCUUUGACUUCAGCGCCAUCAAGAGCCUUCUGACAGGACCUGAACAGCUGAAGAUACGCGUAGACGCCAUGAAUGGAGUGAUGGGUCCGUAUGUGCGGCGUAUCCUGUGUGAUGAGCUGGGGGCUCCUGCCAACGCUGCCGUCAACUGUGUCCCCCUGGAGGACUUUGGGGGCCGGCCUCCAGAGCCCAGCCUCACAUAUGCAGCCCCAUUGGUCGAUGCCAUGAAGGGUGGAGACUUUGGCUUCGGAGCUGCGCUCGAUGCAGACGGGGACCGGUAUAUGAUCCUGGGUGAGAAUGGUUUCUUUGUGAACCCGUCAGACUCCUUGGCUGUCAUGGCUGCAAAUCUCUCCUGUAUCCCCUACUUCAGACAGCUGGGGCUUAGGGGCUUCGCUAGGAGUAUGGCAACCAGCACUGCCCUAGACAGGGUGGCCAAAGCCCUGAAGGGACGCUGUAUGAGAACUCCUAACAGGCUGGAGGUUCUUUGGAACCUGAUUGGCACUCUGGGAGGUGCUCGCUCUGCGGAGAGGAGCAGCUUCGGGACAA